GGUGUAAACAAUCAUCCGAAAGGCUUCUCUUCGCUUCCGUGCUGAUUAGACAUUUUUUUUAGACUAAGAUAUAUUAAGUAUGAUUAGCAUAAGGUGACGAAGAACAUUCUGAUGAAUGCAUUUUGCAAUCAAAUUAAUCCAACAAUGGAUUCCCCCAUCUUAUCAGAAAUAUCUCUGUGCACAGAACUUUUCACAAACUUGGAACUAUCUGUUUCAAAGCCAUUACCACAACACAGUCCCAGAGAGAGUAAAAACCUUGUGAAAAAAGCAGACAGAAUGCCCCUGUCUCUCACAGGAACCACACCCGUCUUGUUUAGUGGAGCUUCGUACGUGAGGAGACGAAAACAGGAAGUAGUGGAUGGGAGUGCGGUGUUUUUAGACAAACUCCUGAGGCUAAGAGGGAAGAAGGAUGCACCGUCUCCCUCCGUGUGCGAGGUAAAUGCCGCAUUUCCGCCUCUGCAAAUAGAAUGCAGUGCCAGUGGAGGUACGAAAGUGAGUCCUCAGCCAAGCAAGAGCGAUACGAAGCAGCUGCGGUACAUUGCUGACCCUUUGAGAACCAGUGCAGAAGAUGACAGCCUCACCGUUAAGAAGACGUUCAGUCAGAAGUACGAUUUGAAAGAUUUUGUCCAAAGUAUUGAAUCGUAUUGCUUAGAACAUGAUGAUAACCAAGGGAAGAUUGUUUCUAAUAAAAGAACUUUUUCAUCUGCAUCAAAGAAAAGAAAACAAGGAGAACUGCCAGUGGGCAACAGUGAAAUACUGUCAUUUGAGAAAGACGAGAAUGACUCCAUGUGGCAUGCCUGUAAAAAGUGCCAUUACGAGUUUAGUACAGCGAAGGGCUUGGCCAAUCACAUGAAGACACACCCAAAAGUGAUGAUUGAAAAGAAUUCCUGCGUUUAUUGUGGCAGAGGUGUCGAGGAUGCUGAGGCUUUAAGAGAUCACUUAUAUGCAGAACACAUUUUUGAAGUAACUAAUUACACUUGUGAAUCAUGUCAGGUUGAAUGCAUUAGUGCAGAUUUAUUUGACAAACACCAAUACUUUUGCCACAGAACCGAUUCAUCAUCUUGUUUGCUGUGUUCAAACUGUGAUAAAGUCUAUUACAACAGAGAUUUACAAGCAUACCACAAAGAGCGAGAAAAGUACUGCAGCAUAUGCAGUAUAACAUUUUGCAUGUCAGCAGAGCAAUACAAGAACCAUAAGGAAAAGCACAUCCUAUACAAGUACAAAUGUUCAAAAUGCAAUGCCUCGUUCAUCACAAAAGCCUCGCUAACAAAACACCUAGAGACCAAAAACCAGUGUUGUCCUUCGGGAAAAGUAAUCAAAAACAGCUCCACAUCUAGAACAGAAGACACCAGUGACGACAGAGAUGCCUUCGAGGCUGAAUGCCUAGACGACAACAGGUUGGAAGACUCUGACACCGCCGAGGAGAAAGACGCUAUCAGCCAAAAGAAUGAGAUGCUGCACAGAUGCCCUGUCUGCAAUGCUUCAUUUGUCAGGCACAAGAACCUAUUGAGUCACGUUGGAGUUGCCCAUCCACAGCACUUACAGGACGCAAAUCUACAAAACCUGGUGAAGAAUUACCAAUGCACAAAAUGCGACAAGAAGUUCACCAAGAAAUCAAACCUUGUGGCUCACAUUGCAUCGCACAUAAGAAGUGCAAGCAGUAACGAGACAGGGCAGCCAAAGUGUUCCGUCUGCCACAAAACUUUCCGUUUACAGCGAUACCUGGUUGACCAUAUGAGAUUGCACACCGGACGUGGUACUCACCAGUGUAAGCACUGCGACAAAAAGUUUUUACGCCUGUCACACUUGAAGCUGCACAUGGAGAUGCAUGACAACUCACACAAGUCUCAUUCAUGCAUACACUGCAACAAGAAGUAUAUGAGAAAGCAAGACUUAAUGCAGCACAUUCGCGUCAAGCACAGCAGUACCGCGGCCAAGAGCGACGAGAGAGGUGAAGUUGGGGAGGAUGGAGGGUUCCAGUGCCCGAGUUGCGGCGUUCUUUUCCCUACAACUCUGAAACUUCGCAUGCAUGAGGUCACACAUCAAGCUUCCAAGCCUCCAUACAAAUGUCAGGAGUGUUCGCGUGAAUUUCCGAGUCUGAGCGUUCUCAAGCGCCAUUAUCUGAUCCAUUGGAAUAUUCUGCCUUUCACUUGCACUAUUUGUAGCAGGAGCUUUAGGUACAGCCAGAGCUUGAAGAGACACAUGGUAACCCACACUGGCGAGCGAAACUACACCUGCAUCCACUGCGGAAAGAGAUUUGGCCUGAAAGGAAACCUGAACACACACUUGCAGCAACACAGUGCACAGAGAGUCUUCUCUUGUCCGAAGUGUGGAGACAGCUUUACAAGUAGACGGGAGCAGAAAACUCAUUUUUGUAGUCUGAUGGCUCAGGGCGAAUCAUCAGACAUAAAUUGCACUGAUUACACUGUUCUUAAGAAAGCAAAUGACUACAUGGAGUACGAACCGGUCGAGAACUGUACAAAUGACUCUCAGGAACCAAAUGCUGCAGAGGCCCUCAGUAACUUUGUCCCUAACACUACUCUAAGUGACAUGACUGAGGUCACUCACUUGAUAUCUGAUAACAGCAUCAGUGACAUAACUACGGUGGCUGGAUUGGUUCCCAACAAUGUGACAAGUACAUCUGUUGGCCAUUUGAUAGCACAGGUCUCAGGGAAUAUUGUGCCCAUCAACGAAGCAGUCCCAAGCACAAGCUUCAGAGAGUUGCAUCCCCAGGCUCACAAGACGUCACACCCAGCCAGCGAAAUUCUCGAACAGCCAAAUUCUCCAGACACUUAUGAAAAUAGUACUAUGCUAGAAGGAGUCCCGGCCCUCUCAGGCAAGCAUGAGGCUGACGUUCUCUCCCAAGCCUUUGCCGUGAUGGCUGACGACAACAUCAUUAGGGAGUGCGUCAAUCUCGACACUUGCUCGCAGUUGCCACAGGAUGCCCAGGACAGCCCAGGAAUGGACUCCACAAUCUAUACUUUGGUGACGGUGGAUGGGGACAAUUCACAGCCAACUUUAAUCAAUAUUCCCUCUAUCAGUAAUGCCGGAGUGGAGGAAAAUGUGACGCUGCAGAUCAAUUUCCCGGAGAGUGGGUCAGAGGUUUCUAUUAUUAUUGGAUAAAUUGUGAUUGCUACUUUGUGAACUUGCUUGUGCAUCUCUUUGUUGUUGACAAGCUGUUCUAAUAUGUGUAUAUGUAUUAUGGUUGUUAUAUUUAUACAUCUUUGAAUAUUUAUUUUGUUAUUUUUUUUCAAUUUUAUUUUUUGAAUAUCUUUUUUAUGCAUAAAUUGACAAAAUGA